AUGGCGGCCGUGUUGCUCCCUCGCCUGAGCUGGGCCACGACCACCGACGAACGACAAUGUCUGGCCCACUUCCAGGGACGUAUCGUUCCCAACAUGCACGGUUUGUUCAGGUCCCCCUUGUGGGAGGACGUCGUGACGCGUAUCUGUCACUUCGAACCGGCCGCCUACCACGCCACUGUCGCCCUCAGCGCCUUGCAUCAGGAGGCUGAGCGCUACGGCAUUCUGGCGCCCGCCCAGCGCCGCACAAAUGCCUGGUACACCUUUUCCAUAGAGCAGGCCGUCCGCUCCUUCUCCCUCCUGACGAGGCGGCAGAUGUCGCAGGAUCCCUAUCUUUACCAAGUCAUUGCGCUAUGCUGUCUACUGUUUGUCCUGCAUGGCUGGUUACAAGGCGAGUAUGACACCGCCUUCACCCAUCUGCGCAGCGGCCAGCGGAUCCUGCAGAACUUCCAUGCCAUCGUACGUCACCACGGCUGGUCCUGGUCCUCGUGCGACUCAUCCGCUAUGGGUACGCUAGCCACCGGCUUCGCCCAUCUAGACAUCAAUUGCGCUUUCUUCGGGACCCAGGGCCCCGCGUACUGCGUGGAGGACAACCUGGCUCGCCAGCCCGGGCAAUUGGAGGAGUCCGCCACCUUCUCCACUCUCUACGAAGCGCGCUACGCCCUCGAUAGUCUGAUAAGCGAUUCCAUUCGGUUCCUGACGUGGUGUUGGUCCCAGGACCAGAUCGAUCCGGCAGACAAGGCUCCGCGGGCGAUGCAGCUGCAGCGACUCCUUCGGCGACUGGACCGCUUUGCCCAGCCUUUUCAGCCCUUCUAUCAGCAGUCCUGCGCGCAGCUACAGGAGCAGACCCAACGUGGUGCCGACGAUAUCUGUCUGCUGCAUCACACCAUCGCGGACUCCACCCGUGCCCUCGUCCUGCAAUGCGAUCCCGCCGUGUUCCAUGUCUACCAGCCCAACUUUCGAACCUACUGGGGCCAAGCGGACAAAGUCCGACGCCGCAUCCCCGCGCGUCCCAGCGUGACCAUCAACACUGGCGUCAUACCGCCGCUGUUUCUGGUGUCCAUCGGAUGUCCGGAUCCCGCCAUUCGCUCGCUGGCCUCCAAGGCUCUGUCCUGUUGGCCUGAACAGGAGGACGCGUUCCGAUCAUAUUUUUCGUCUACCCUGUCGUUGGAGUACAACAAACUCAUGAAGAUAUUGAAUUUUAAACGCACCCAGGGACCGCCAUCAGGUUGCUCGGUUGCCCGAAUUCCUAUUGUGGGUAUUCAGGCGAAGCCAAAAUAA